AAAAAAAAAAAGGGCAGCGUUGCACACUUGCUUCUAGAACUUAUGCAUGCGUUGACUGACAAAUUCUGCUCUAGGAACUGAUCAAAGUGAAAGGCAAUCAAGUCGCACCGGCAGAGUUAGAAGCCCUCUUGCUGGAACACCCGGCAGUAGCUGACGUUGCGGUCAUUGGAGUCUCGGUGUAAGUAUUAUAUUUGCCUCCACAGAGAUUGAUGAACGAUCAGGAGCAGCUGAUAGACUGACUAUCGACGAAUAGGAACGAUGACGAGCGCCCUCGAGCAUAUGUAGUGCUAAAACCUGGACAAAGCGCCUCCGCACAGGAUCUUAUCGCAUUCAUGGACGGGAAAGUCUCCGCGAUCAAGAGGAUCACUGGCGGGGUAGUCUUCGUUGAUACAAUCCCUAAAAACCCCUCAGGCAAAAUCCUGCGAAAGGUCCUUCGAGACCGCGCUAGAGAGGAAGUGGCCUCAAACCCGAGUAUCACCGCAAAGCUAUAGGUCACACUUUAUUUUGCCUCUCACCUCUCAUCUCUCCAAAUUUAAAUUUUUUUUUUUCCUCACCUGCGGAGCGACAGGCCAGUCUAAUGUAAAUCUAAGCUUCGGUGACCUGAUUGGUGGGGCAGCCGAUUUUAGCAUGCGUUGAAGGGACCUGGUUGUUGGGUCGAACGGGCGAGGAAUCCUGAAUGAUAUAUUUGAUAGACGAAUCUCAGUGGAUCUAGGUUCGCGUAGUCCGUUCCUCUUAAAUUUUCCUGCUGUCAAAAGGCCACGAAAGGAGGUCGACGCCACAGUCGAUCACGCUGUUUACCGCCACACUGAAAGCACUCGGCUCUUUUUUCCUGCGCCAAGAGUAGAUCUAAGAUACUAGUGCGUUAGUAGUGUCGAGUAGGUGCAGGAGUGAAAGACAUGACCCAGUGGACACCAGCACAGACGCAAUCUGAUCUAGAGUUCUUGCCGAGGAAGGAAAAACAAGAUAUUGGUGAGAAGAGGAAAAUUUCAGGGGAACAAUCAUCUCACCCGAAGCCACCACUCCAAUAACAGAAGAAGGCAAGGGAUCGACC